AUGCGCUCGGCCUUCCUCGUCGUCGCGCUGCUCGCACGCGCGGCCGCCCUCCGGCUCGUGUACGUGCAUGGUGUCAGUCCAGAGGGCCCGGCUCACCCGCGCCUCGCAAAGGUCCGCGAGGCCGUUCAUGGCGUGGAGGUGGUCGCGCCCGACAUCACCGGCGGCGGCGACUCCUACGAGCAGUGCACCAUCAGUGCCGCUCUGCGUGUGCUCCACUCCUGCUGCGAGGCCGAGGAGGGUCCCGUCUCGAUUUGCGCCAGCUCCUUUGGCGCAUUCGUUGCGCUGCUCUUCGCGGCCAGGCAUCCGGAGAAAGUGAGCCGACUCUUCCUGCUCGGGCCCGCGCUCGACAUGAAGGCCAACCUGCCUCUCUUUGUCGACGAGGACGGGAUGGCGGCGUGGCGCGAGGAGGGCGUUCGCGAGAUGGGCCCCGGCGUUCGGGUGGGGUGGCCGUGGGCGCAGGAGAUCCUGGACCUCGCUGCGGGCGACUGCCCUCCGCAGCCGCUCUGCCCGAUCACCCUCGUCAUGCCUGAGUCGGACGUGCCGCGCGCCAAGGGCUUCCUCGACGCCACGCCCGCGGCGGCCGCGCCACGCCGCGUCCUCGCGACUCAAGGCUGGAAGCCGUACCAGGCCGACGCGGGGAUCGAGGCGGUGCUUCCGCACCUGACGGCGUGGGCCGAGGCGUGCGCCGAAGGGAGCGCCCUCGGCCUCAGCGAGAGCGGCGCAGGCUACACGGUCGACGUGCUCCCGGCGGCAGACGGCGCAGUCUCGGCGGCAGCCGCAGCCGCAGCGGCCGCGUCACCAGAGCGCGAGUCUGUCCGCCGGCUGCAGAUCCGGCCGGAGGACGUCGACGGCUUCCACAAGUCGUGGCGGUCGCACUUCCCCCCGAGCCACGAGAUCCACAGCUACAAUGCGAGGGAGGACCCGGCCGGCGCCGCGCGCGCCGUCGCCGCGUCGUUUGCGCACGCUACAAAGUGGCUGCCGAGCGACGUCGUGUCGGAGCUGCUCGACUUCCCCUUCAGCGCCGACGCGCCCGCGGCCCUACUCCUCUCCGGGCUGCCGGUCGAUGAGGCGCCGCCCGACACUCCGAUCGUCUCGGCGGUCCACGGCAUCGGCACGGAGCUCGCACAGCCGCGCGUGCCGGUGGCCGAGUCGUGGACUCUCGGCCUCGCGCGGCUGCUCGGCCACCCCUUUGUGCCUCCCUUCUUCGACAAGGGCCACCGCGGCGGCCUCGUCCGCGACAUGGUUCCCGUGCCCGGCGUCGAGAACUUGUGCGGCCUGCUCGGGCUGCAUAGGGACUUCCCGGCGAGCGUCUUCGCUCCCUUCCCCGAGCCGGAGACCUUCCUGCUGGUCGCUGUGCGCGGGGACCCGUCGCACGUCGCGCGGACGGUGGUGGUUGACUCCGAGAAGCUGAUCGCGAGCCUCUCCGCCGCCGACGUGGCGCUGCUCUCGAAGCACGAGAUGCAGGCGCAGGUGGUGCUGCCCAACGGCACGGCAGUCGACCAGGGCGCGCCCUUCCUGCCGAUCGCACCGCGGGAGGGCCGCGCCGCCGCCGCGACGCUCUUUGUGCCCGACGCCGGCGCGCACGGCGAGGGCGCCGUCGGUCGGAUGGUCAGUCCGGAGGGCGGCGCGGAGGUGGAGGCGGCGUGGGAGCGCAUGAUGGCGGUCGGGCUCGAGGUUGCCGAUUACGUCGACCUCCAGGCGGGCGAUUGCCUCAUCCUCAACAACGUGCGCUGCUGCCACGGCCGGACGGCGUUCGAGCCGAAGCUCGACGGCAACGAUCGCUGGCUCGUCAAGAGCUACGUGACGAGCGACUUAUGGAAGCGGCCCGCGACUGGCAAGUACGGCGCGGAGGCGUAUCCAAACAUGGUGACGCGGGCGGUGGAGCGAGUGAGCAACGUCGACUGA